CUUUUCUUUUCGGUCUCGAUCUCCAUCCAACUUCCAAUCCUAAAGUAACAAAACAAAUUCUUACUUCAGACGUUCGUCUAUAUUUUGAACAUUCAAUUCGACACCUGUUUCUCGAGUGGUCGUCAGUAUAUCCACCUCAAACCAGAAUGGCAUGGGCAGGCAACAUUGGUGCAGGUGGUGACUUUGGUUCACAGAAUACCUGGCCAGAUGGUACAACCAUUACCAAUCAUGGCACUGGGUCAUCAAAAAGAGCAUCAAAUCAAGGAUACAACACAUCAUCUAGCACGGGUGGUGACGGCGGCAGGGUAAACCUCAAAGAUCUGACAGCACAAGCAUCCAAUGUGGUUAUCAUUGGGAUUGUAAUUGCAAAACAGAAACCAAGACAAGUACAAAGCAAAUCAAAUCCUGGUACUGACCGCUCAGUGUUUGGUUUUACUCUGCGAGACUCUCCUGUUGACUUCAUCAAUGCAUCAUGCUGGGGAUCUAGUGAACAUGUCCUGGCACUCAGCAAUAAAUUCAGGAUUGGCGAGAUUGUUGAGAUCAAGAAUCCACAGGUCCAGACUAAGUCACACAGUGAGAUUGAAGAGAGAUGUAGACCAUGGACUCCAAGCGCCUUCCAGCUGAACGUGAGUGAGCGCUAUUCCACAUUGAAUCUCUAUGACGGAUGGCAUGCAGAGCCCUUUGGUACCUUACAGCACAUGCCAAUUCGAGAAAGCAGUGAUUAUUAUACUCUAGGUGAUGUCUUGGCUAAUGGUCGUAAUCUUCAUGGAGAACACAUCAACCUACUUACGCUCGUCAAAAAGGUUGGUACUCCAAAAGACAUUGUAACAAAAGGGGGACGUGAGACAAAGAGAUGCGAGGUUUCAUUCUUCGAUGAAACCUGUUCCUCGUUUUCUAUGGUCAUCUGGGAUGAAGAAGUCAUAGACCUGGUGCAGCAGUGGCAAGCCAAGGAGACCGUGAUAUUUGCUGUGGAUGUUGUAGCUAAAUAUGAUGAUUUCAGAAAUACGAUGGUAGCUAGUGUGGACUCUAAGUCUAUCUUCAUUAUCAAUCCUGACACCCGUGAGGCACACUCUCUGUACAAGUUUGGUCAAUCAUCUACAGCUGAUGAGGAGAGUGCAGAAGAAACAAAGGACAGCAUUGAUUUACAAAGCAUCCAUGAUGUGUACAUGGUGGACGAGCUGAAAGCUAAGAUGUGUGACAAGCAGUCUGUGAUGAUGCAGUCAGAUUAUGGCAUUGUCUAUGCAUUCCUAUCAGCCUAUGAUCUCGAUGGACCAACCUCCGCAGUCUUGUCUAUGAGAUGUACAAGCUGUCACAAGAGGGUAGAUAAGGAGACAGGGACUUGCUUGAACAGUAAUUGCUCUGCUGCCAUCACUGACCAGUCCCAAGCCAUUCUGAACUAUGACCUCAGAGUCAAUCUAUCUGACCUUUCUGGAACUAUCAAUGGAGUCUAUGUUGGAGGAUAUGUGGCAGAGCAAAUCAUUGGAAAGUCAGCAGAGGAAUUCUCCAAGUGUUCUGAAGAUGAAUUGACUGGGAUGAAAUGGCAGCAUCUUCUUGAGCGAUGUAAGGUGUACUUUAAGAUUCAAGAGAGACCAGGUAUCAUCAAUGGAUCAUCUUCAUUCCUCAAGAUCUUACAGUGUGGCAGAGCUGAACCUGAUGAGGUACUCAAAAACAUCAAAGUCUAGUGUGUGUCUCGCAUCAAGUAUCUAGAGUAGAAAUAUGAUUUAUAUGUUUCAUUGGUUUACAUAAUGUGUGUGUAUUUUAUUUGCAUGUAACAGCUAGGGCACUAUCUGAACACAAUUCAAUACAUGCUUACAGAGUGAAACUUGCAAAUUCAAAAAUAAGAUCUAUAUAACCCAAUAUUUAUUCCAUUGCUUAGGUGUAGUUACUUA